CUUUCCGUUCCGUUCCAGUAUCAGCUGCUUCAACAAUUUCCUCAUUGCUAGGGUUUGUCCCCUUUUCUCGCUGAGAUGGAAGGGAUGGUGCCGGAGAAGAAUCAACGAUACCUUAUGGUGCGAUUGCGUAGAAGGAUCUGCGGCGUCGACGUCAUGAAACUGAUAACACCCGAGAAGGACGGGGAGGAGGCCGUGGAUUGGAAAAAUCUACCUCCGUUUCCCUUUGAUUUCAGCGUGGAUCUUCCACUGGGCCGCAUGUUCGCUUUCGAGUUGAAUUCCACGAUUCAUCUCGUUGGAGGUGUCAAAUAUUUGUCCGAAUCAGCUGCUUCUUAUGAUGGUGCUUCCGAGCCUUACAAAAAAGUCUACGAACUAGACCUUGACAAGAAGGAGGUGAAGGAGUCGAAUUCAAUCUAUGAUUUUCCAGGGUUUAUUAAUACCAGAUACUAUAUUCUUCACAAAAUCGGAAGUGAUUAUUAUUUGAUAAAGAUGUGUGGUAUGGACCGUCUCAUACCCGGGUCUGCUCCUCAUAAUUUUUGGGUUCUACGCUCUGGGACUAAGGUUUGGAAAGACUUACCUGAUGCUCCUAGUGAUCCUAACCCACCCUCAGAUUCCAUAGUUGAUCACAGUUCAUGGUUCGACUUCUAUGGUAAGCUAUACCUCCGAAUCUGCUUCGAAGAUGGAAGCGUUUUCGUCUACUCUUAUGACACCCAUAACUCACAUUGGACAACCAGUGAGGGUGACGAUAGUUUUACGCGUUCUUUUUGUGUCCCAGUGUGUGGCCAGCGUCGGUUCUUUCUUCCAAGUGUGUAUAUUCCAGAUUUGUUUGAUCCUGGUAAAUACCUGGCACUUUCAUGCGAAUGCAUUGGAGAAAAAUACUUGAUGUGUGCUUUCCAGGUGGAUGAAUUGGGUGUCCUUAUCUUCCAAAGGCUUGAAGGCUGCUUAGAUAGAAUGCCGUCCUUGUAUUAUGAGGAAACGCCGCCUGUGCUUGUUGAUCUUGAUGGCAAAGGCACGUUUGUUGUUAUGGCACCUGGCUUUGCAAACGAAGAAAAAGAGGAGCCUGUCCUCUGCGUGUUGGUUCUUCAGGUGGCAAUGAAGUUUGUCAACUAUCCCUCUCGGGUCUUCCGUAGGUCUGUGAGGUCCCCAUUGGAGUGUGAGUUCUUAGAUUGGAAGGUCCUUAGCAUGCACAUGUACAGCAUGAAGCUGGGCAUCAAUGAGUUGCCUGCUUUCUUUGUUUUCCCUGACAUCCAGUGGGAAGAGAAUGCCCAGGAGGUCCAGAGGUGGGGAAAAAAGAAAUGUAGGCGAAUUUGAAUUUCUAACAUGCUUGCUUCAAAAAGUUCCCACUCAAAGCUUGCUGUUCACAUGAGGUCCUACCAUCUUGUCGCCGUUUGAAUUUGUUGAACUUGCAGCAUCAAGCACUGAAAUCUCAAUUAUUAAACCCAGUAGGAUGUGUAACAAACCGUGACAAGGACAGCUAUGCUAGUUUUCUUGCAUUCUAUAGUAGUAUAUUAUCAAAGGAAG